GCGGCGGCGGCGGGGCAGCAUCCUCCCAGGCCCAGGCUUGGCUUCCUGAGGCCUCCGGCGGCUACACAAUCGCAAGAUGGUGCUUGACUCUCCGGCCUAUCCUCCGCCAUUGCAUCCGGGGGUUUUCCACGCAGACCCACAACCCGGGAGAGGUGGGAGGAAGAAAGAGGGCCCUCCAUGUGUCAGGAGGCAGCCGGGCCCCUUCCAGUCCUCUCCUCCGGAGUCGGAAUCUUUGGGGCCCGGAAGAAGGACCAAGCAGCCGAAACUCCUCCGGGGCUUGGGAGGGCCCCCUGCCCUGCACCCCUGCCUCGCCUUGCAGGGCCCUUGCAGCUGGAUGCACCGGAGCGAGAGCAGCUGCCUGGUGAGCCAGAAGAACUGGGCACGAGGCCGGAUCCGCAGCGCUGCCUCCCUCCCUCACCUGCCCAGGGCCAGAGCCGAGGAGGGGGCCUGCCGGGCCGGGAAGAGGAGCCCCUGUUUACUGGUGGCCCUACGGCCAGCCAACCUGGAGGCAGAGCGAGAGCAGUUCUUCCGGUCUUCGUUUGCCUACAACCCCCAGUUCGAAUAUGGGGAGUCUGUCCCGGAAGCCGUGCUGGAAAAAUACCGAGAAGCCUCUGGGCAGUUCCUGGUGCAGGCUACUGGAAUAAUCAAUGCUGUCCUUCAGAAAUAUGGCACUUACGAGAGCUUUGAGGCCUCCAACGGUGGAAAGCUGCUUACCAAAUGCCAAAUCUGGUCCAUCACCAGGAAGUAUAUGCAGAAGGAAGGCUGCUCUGGAGAGGUGGUGGUUCAGCUCACAGAGGACCUCCUUUCCCAGGCGGUCAUGAUGGUGGAAAACAGCCGCCCGACGUUAGCAAUCAACCUCUCUGGAGCGCGUCAGAACUGGCUGGAAGGCAUGUUGCGCCAUGAGAUAGGCACCCACUACAUCCGCGGAGUCAACAAUGCCUCCCAGCCCUGGCACAGCUCAGAAGGCCGCAAGCAAUACAGCCUGAAGCCUGCCAACCCCACAGAGGAAGGACUGGCCAGCCUGCACAGCGUCCUCUUCCGCAAGCAGCCUUUCCUUUGGAGGGCCGCCCUCCUCUACUACACCGUCUGCCAGGCUGGGCGCCUGUCCUUCUGCGAACUCUUCCAGGACCUGGGGCGCUACGUGCAGGAUGCCGGGGUCCGGUGGGAGUACUGUGUGCGAGCCAAGCGAGGCCAGGCCGACACCUCAUUGCCAGGCUGCUUCAGCAAAGACCAGGUAUACCUGGAAGGAAUCCUCCAGAUCCUCCGGCAUCGACAAACAAUUGAUUUCCAGUUGCUGGCUGCCCUGGGCAAGGUCUCUUAUGAAGAUGUGGACCAUCUGAAGAAAUACGGGGUGCUGGAGAAAGCCCGAAUCCCCCACUUCAUGCAAGACCUUGAACGGUAUAUGCAGCAGCUCAACCACAUAGUUGCCACCAAUUGUCUCAAUGAUGAGGAGCUGGAACAGCUGAUGCCGGAGUGAACUUGCUGCCUGCCGCUCUGCCAGACAGGCUGUGCUCUCUCUCUCAUUCAGGUGCCUGAAGUCCCAAAGGAGAAUUUUGUUGGACUUUGGUCUGCUGAAAACAAAUCAGUGGCUCAUGUGUUCUAUUUAUUCUAUUUAUUGGGGGUGUCUGGUUUUUGACUGAAGUGAAGCAAUCAGAGCAAUCUUUUGAGUGUCCUAAGAGAGAAUUCAGCUACCUCUCGUGGAAGUUUGUUCUCGUCCAGAGAUGUUCUUAAGCCGAUUGACAAAGGUCGAUGUCUGGAUUAUGCCUUUCUUCUGUGGACAGGUUAGUAUAGAUGGUUUGGAACCUGCUAAAAUAUCCCUAGCCAAUAUUUCCGGGGUUCUCCAGUUGAGCCAACUGAGAGUGAUCUCCAGGUGGCCAGAAAAGGUUUUUAAAAAUGCUGCUUAAGGGCAGGUGCAGAAGUUCUUUAGCAUGGCUUUGACAUUCCUUAUUCUCUAAGUGUUUGAAAUUAUAUUUGUAAUUGAGUGGAACUUUCAUUCUGGCCUGGUUGUGCUUGACAAAGGCCACAGGUGGCUAAAGGAAGCCUGCAAAGAAGCUGGUUAUUUUCUGAAUAAAUCACAACAGAUCCCAAGAAUUUCAGACUUCAAAUAGUUUUACAAGAGCAACGAAAAGCCUCCCUCGCCCGUUCAUCUCCACAUUUGCACCUUAAUCCUCAGCACACCUGUCCUACUGCCACCUGAUAGCAUCUGUUUGCCCUCGGUGGGCUUGUGGACUCUAGAAAAUGCACGGAAGAGCAUGCAGAACUGAAGUCUGCCCAGGGCUGGUUUCCAGCCAGGAUCUUAGGCCAAAGGCCUUGGCGUCUAGGCCUGGACAAUAUUUCAAUAGCAAAAACAAUCUUGCCUUCCAAACCACAACUAACCAACUCUCCCUGGCCUUUCUCCCAAACAUAAGACACUGAAUAGCUGUCCUUAUUUCUUCUGCUAGUUUAAGUUAAAUCUUUUAAGCAAAGCCAAACAUAUUUGGGUCCAAAAACAGGAGGAGGUUGGGCUGCAGUCAGACUGAUAAGCCACUUGGCACUCAUGGUGGGGAGGUGGGUGGGGGAACGGCAAGGGUUUUCCCUAGAAACGGGCCAUUAUAAUAAAUCAGUGCAGUUCCUUGAAAGCUUCCCUAUCUUAAGGCAAGUUCUUGGCUUUAGUAGGGGAGCAGUUCUGAGGCUCCCUGGAGCAGAAAAGGAUUUUGAAGCCAGAGUCUGUCCUGCUGGGGCUCUUAAGAGCAGGAUCUUCUUUCAUUUUGCAACCCGAGGGUGGGUGGGUGGUUUUCCUGCCUCUUCUUCCUGUUGCUGGAGGAAACAGCUUGCCCUUCCCAAGCAGCCUUCAAUAACCUGAUGACCUUAUGCCCAGCAAGGACUAUAAUGGGGUGGCUGGGACUGGUCAGGCAAACUCCCAGGCUGUCACAUCGACACAGCUAAUGCACCUUGCAGAAUGAACUAGAGUGUUCAGACUGUUUUCAGAUGACUUGGCCUUUAAGGUCUUGGGGUCAUAUCAAAUGUAAAUAAAUAAAAAGUCAGAUGGGAACAAACAAAAUCUUGUUUUAAAUUUAGUUGCAACUAAACCAAUUGAAUAUAAUUAUCUGAUGCAUAUAAUUUUCCUCUUUUGUCAUAUUAAGAAUUCAAUUUGACAUCAGCUUUCGGAAAGGCUUUUGAAGGCAGCCACUUGCACGACUUUGUUGCAUUUUGUUUAUUCCAGGCUGAACACGCUGAAUCGGCCUUGGAACCGAGAGGUUUUACAACCUUAAGUCAAUAUACACCUUCCUUGGCAGGCAGAACUAACUAUAGCAUCCCUCCAAUAUAGUAACACUGCAGCAUUACAAUUUUGACAAAGCAAUUAUCCAAAGAAAGUUUAUUGGCAGAUGUAUUCUAUUUUGAAACACAGGAAAUGAAGGACUAAAUAUAUUAAAUGAGAUUUAAUUGAACCCCUUUUGAAGGGGUUUAUUAGUUCCUGAAGGCUUCCU